AUGUCAACCUUGGCCAAAGUUCUGUGGAUCAAUUUGGAUCGUCGCACAGAUCGCGCGGAUGCGCAGCUGAAUGCACUGGAAGCGGCUGGUUUGGAGGACUUUGGUGAGCGCUUUUCUGCAGUCGACGGAUCGCAGGUGGACUUUGACACUGUGCCCGAGACCAUUUUGACGCGCAAGGGCCGGGAGCAGGCAGAAAACCCCCCGGACUUCGUCUUGGGGCGCGUGUUGACUCCAGGAGCUGUUGGCUUAUGGUUGAGCUGGUACGAGGUCAUGUGUCGGAUCAUGGAGGAGGCCGCUCCCAAUGAGUGCUUCUUGGUAGUUGAAGACGAUGCCGAGUACUCGGAAGACUUUGGGGUUCAGCUCUUUCGUCUUCUGGAUGCCUUGGAUCGCUGCGAUGAGCUUUGGCACGCUUGCGCCGUGGGAUUCAUCAAAUCCAAGUCGCGGCACCAAGAGCUGUACUGGGAAAGCGAACGGCCAAAGUGGGCCAAAGAGUGUGAUGAAGUUCUGAAAGUUCCCGUGAAGCUCUGUGGUGCCACGGCCAUUUUGGUGCAUGGCCCCGAUGGAGCAGAGGAGAUGCUCCGGAGUUUGUUUCCCAUCGAUGCAGACCAGCAGUUUGAUCUGAAGAUCACCAUGCAGAUCCACGACCCGCAAUCCACUAUGCGUUUCUAUUCCUCUGCAGUGCCAUUGGCAACAGCACCGCUCUCGGAAGCUGGAGAUACGGACAUCCAGCGGAUUCCUCCGGAGAAACAGAGGCAGCUCAGGGAGGAAGCACAACGACGUCAUCGCAUGGGUGAUCACCUUCCGUGCAUCGGCUCCGAGCCGGAGCCGCCACCCUUAGCGCGUGUCCGAAGGGUCCGUCCCUUGCCGUGGACACCCCUGCAGCGGGGCUUGGGGCUGGAGUGGUGCUGCAUGAGCGUGCGUCCAUCCCAACACUCCUGGCCCUCGCGUCGACCAACCUCUCCAGGUACCAAUGGUUGCACCGUGGAAAUCUCGGCGGAGGAGCUUGAGUUACAGAAGUUGCGCAGCCUCGACAAGGGCGUCCCAGAGCUCCGGCAUCUCCAUGGAGAGCUGGCGCUGAAGACGCAGCAGCUGCGUCAAAGGCCCUCGAGGCAAGUUGAAGAGGAGUAUCAUACCCUGCAGCACUUGCUGCAAGAAGCUGUGGAGGCUAGGGAUCAUAUCCUCCAGGCGGCGAUUCCAUAUGCCCGACGGCCCUGUGAGCAGACGCGAAAAGCCCUUCUGCUGCGCAAAGUGCCCAACGGUGAUUCGGAUCUCCGGGCAGCGGCGCACUUUCCCAGCGGCAGGAGAAAGAUCUUGCUGAUGGGCCUUUACCAUUCCUGCACCAACGCCAUGGCGAAGGAACUCGAACGACACUUUGACGUGGAGAUCCUGAAUGAUUGGCACACCUGUAAGGCGGAUGCCAAUUGGAAGCACCGUGCCAACUCUCGCAGACCUCCAGCAUUGGCGGAGGACGUCUUCUGUGUACUUAUGGCCAAAGAACCCCAUUUUUGGCUACAGAGCUGCAGCCGCGAGCUGCGGAACUUCUUCGAGAUCCGUCCCGUGGGUCCAGAGCGACGGGAACUCCCGGCGCAGGAACUCUGGCAGCUGUUGAGCAGCAUCGAACAUGACGGAGUCCUCUACGAAAAUGCUAUGGACCUGUGGAAUGACACCAUGCAUUCAUACCUGGAUGACAGUGUCUACCCACCGCAUCAGACGGUCAUCGUGCGUUGCGAGGAUUUCCUUUUUAGCUUCCACGGUGUCCUGCGCGCCCUGCAGAAGCUGGGUGCCCUGACGCCGAAGCUUCCGCUGGAGACGGCGGUGCCGUUGAUGGAACGGGCCAAGGGACACAAGGAAUGCCGUGAUAGGGAUGAAGCAUUGCAAUUCUACAGCAACCCUAAGCAUCAAAAGGCGGCCUUCAACAGCGAUCAGUUGGCCUUGAUCGGUUUCGCCUUGGACCGGAAGGCCUUAGCCCAGCUCGGCUACGAUGAGCCGGACUGUGUGCAGAGAUGGGUCACUCAGGGCCUCUGA